AGAAGUCAGUAAAGUUUUCAGAUCAAAACAUUGGCUUCAAGUUCGUGAUGGCAGACACGACUGAAAUUAAGAAUCAUGUUUCGCAAAAGCGCCCGGUAUUGGCGAAGUCUUUGAUGGAUUCGUCAGAACCAGAACCAAGUUCAAGGGUCUUAGUUAUCUAUACAGGCGGGACGAUUGGAAUGAAAACAAAUGACAACGGAGUUUAUGAGCCAAAGGAAGACUUCCUUGUGAAUAAGCUAAGGACCCUUCCCAUGUUCCAUGACAGAGAAUAUGCCAACACCCAUUUUGCAGGGGAUGAGGAAGAUUUCCUUGUCAUGCCUCAGGGUCUGAUUUAUGGGGAGCUGGAAGAUCUGAUCAGUCAUCAAAAAGGCAGAAGAGUGAUGUACAAAAUUAUGGAAUAUAAACCUCUUUUGGACUCCAGUAACAUGAUGAUGACGGACUGGGGACACAUCGCCACAGACUUAUUUGAGCAUUAUGACCAAUUUGACGGGUUUGUGGUACUCCAUGGGACAGACACCAUGGCUUACACAGCUUCCGCUUUGUCCUUCAUGUGCGAGAAUCUUGGAAAGACAAUCAUACUGACAGGAUCGCAAAUUCCAAUAUUUGAAGUCCGGAGUGAUGGAAGAGACAACUUUCUAUCCUCUCUCAUCAUGGCAGGAUUGUACAAUAUACCAGAGGUGUUGGUGUGUUUUGACAACAAAAUUUUGCGGGGAAGCAGAACAAUAAAGAAUGAUGCUGGAAGCUUCUCUGCUUUUAUUUCUCCAAAUCUUCCACCCAUUGCUACUUUAGAGAUUCGCAUCCAUGUGGACUGGUCUGCCGUGUUCAGGGCGACAGGUACGGAAAAGUUCCGGGUCCACACCAACAUGUGUCAGAAUGUGGGACUGCUGCGGAUGUUUCCCGGCAUUACAACUCAAACUGUACGAGCAUUCCUUCAGCCUCCAAUGCAGGGAGUUGUUCUACAGACCUAUGGAGCCGGGAAUGCCCCAGAUAAUCGACCCGACCUACUUAACGUCCUGAAGGAGGCUUCCAACAUUGGAGUGGUUAUCAUCAACAUCACUCAGUGUACAAAAGGCUGUGUUAUGACAUCUUAUGCCACAGGAAAGGCUUUGGAGGAUGCUGGGGUCAUUUGUGGAGGAGAUAUGACCCCAGAAGCUGCCCUCACCAAACUGAGUUAUGUCCUUAGCAAGGAGACAUGGACACUGGACAAAAAACGCAAGUUUAUGAAGAGGAACUUGCGAGGAGAAAUGACUGUGGUAGCUAAAGAGAACAUCACUAUUCUGGACUUUGAGUUGAUUGAGAGUGUGGCUCGAGCAUUGAGUGUUAGCAGUACUGAGGAGAUAAAGAAGUUAAGAGAUGCGCUGUAUCCCAGUUUAAUGUGUGCAGCAGCCCAGACUGGUGAUAACCAAGCCCUGGAGAAACUUAGAACCUUAGGAGGUAACUUGUCCUCACACAAUCAUGAUGGGCGUACGGCAUUACACGUGGCAUGUAGAGAGGGUCAUGUGACUACAGUACAGUACUUGCUCCACCAAGGAGCCUCAGUACAUCUAAAGGACAGUAACGGCAUCACACCUCUACAAGAUGCCGUGAUAGGAAAACACCACAGCAUCAUAAGACUUCUCGUGAAAACUGGGGCACUACUAACUAUAAAACCUAUUGUAUUAGCCAUGGAGCUCUGCUGUGCUGCAGCCACUGAAGAGAUAGAGACUCUACAGGCCUAUAGGGCUGCCGGGGCCAACAUGAAUGAAUGUGACUACGACAAACGUACACCACUGCAUGUUGCAGUUGAUACUGGAUCCAAACGCUCCGUUCACUUCCUGCUCGACAGUGGUGUCAGCUGGAUGUUUGAGGACAUGUUCGGAAACACGGCACUGGACUGUGCCAGGAAGAGAAACGCGACCGAGAUCAUUGAGAUGAUCGAACAAAAGGAAAGACAACUGGCAGCUAAUGGUGAGAAUGGAACAUAGAAGAGGAGACUCAAUGUUUUUUUAUGUUUAGACUGAAUUUUCCUUUAGUUUUUAUACAAGAUUUUUUUACCAUUGUUAUUUAAUAGGUAGAUACAUAUACCAAUAUAAAUUGUUGUUACAUACUAGUAUAGAAUGUGUGUGAAGUUAAAUAUACACUGUAUUAAUUAAAUUAUUUGCAGUAGACUGAGAUGGAGAGAGAAAAGGAAUAAUAUCUCUUAAUUUGAAAAUGGGACACUAUAUAUCAACUGUUGUGUCCAUGCCUUUCUAUAAACAUUUUGUAGAUCAGUUAAAUUAUAUUGAUGCUCAUUAUAAAGUGCUAACAUUGCUAAUGUCUAAAAGUUUCCUCAUUACAAUGUUUACACCAUAGCUUUACUUUUAAAUUAUUCUUAGAACCAGAUAAUGCUGAUUGCAGUGAUUAGUGUAUUUUACAUUGUAUACUUAUUUUUGUAAUACAUGAAACAUUCAUUUGGUUUUCAUUUUAAAAGAAAUAUACCGGUAAGUAAUAUUAGUUAUUUUACAAACAUAUUCCUAUCAAGACAAGUACCAGUACUUGUUAUAUUUAGAUUUUAUGUAAAAUACAAACUCCUCUUGGGGUAAGUCAGAGAUGGUCAAGGAACGCAAUACCUCAUUUAACUUACAAAUUUUUGUUUUAUUUACUUAAUAUAAUCACAUUUUUUAUCAUGGAGGCAUAAUCUCACUAUUUUUUGUGCCAAACCAAUUUUGAAAUGUUGUUUGUUAAUUUUGUGAAGAUUUUAAAGGGUUCCUAAUAUCAUAAGUUUGAAAGUGAUGGAAAAUUUCAGUGGAAAAUGUUGUAAUAAUUUUUUUAGUUGAGAAUACGUGCAUUUAUGAUGUGAGAAUGACAAUAUUUUCCAGUAUAAAUGCUUCACAUUUGUAACUUUUUGUUUCUCAUAUGGGUCCAAAAGUCUAGAAUAUUUUGUGAUAGUUAUCCAACUGUGUAUAAGAAAUCUGUUUGAAAUUAACUAUGAAUUUAAAAAAUAUACAUACACGUAUCUUGUAUCUUUAAAACUGCUCUGAUCAAAAUGUUUUACGCUUGAUUCAACCGUUUUGCAUCAAAUUGCGAAAAAUUUAAAAUUGUGAACGCCAAAUUUUUAUCAUAGUUCCAUUCAGUUUACAUGUGUCUGUAAAAUAAAAUCAAGAUUAAAAAUUCGCGAGAAGUUUUUGUUGCGAUUUUAAGCAGAUAUUAAUUCCUCACCUUUGCAAUAGACCCUUUUAUGGUAGUCACAGUACUGCUUAUUGGCAGGAUAAACUGACAUACCGAUACAUGCAGUUUGGGGAAAUAUGGCUUAAUGGCAAUUGUUUAUUUACACAGUGUAGGUGUCUACCAACAAGAACUUUGCCGAACUCGAUCAAUAUGCCUUGCAAUAGAGCAGUAUGUACCACAGCCACAAAAAAGGGGUACUGUGUAUAAGACCUUCAAAGUUAAUAAAAAUAGAUUUCUCAGGGUUUAAACUUAUCUAUAGACUGUGUACCAAUUAUACAUGUUUAAUGAUUUUUUAAAUUUUGAAUGCUUAAUUUAUUUGAAACAACAUUUAUUCUAUUUUUUAUACAGUAUACCAUACCGUAGUGCAUUUGAAACAAAUUGUUAAUGCAUGUAAUUGGGAUAGUAAUAUGUACAAUGAUACGAUUUCUACUAAUGUAUUCCAAACAGUUCCUCAGUCAGUAUAAUCAUUCCAAGAGAGAGUAUGGUUUCAUUUAUUUCUAUUUAUGCUUGCUUCUCAGCCAAGAAAUUGCCAGUUUUUGCUUUACAGCACAGAUUUUGCUCCGCAUGUGGAGUGUACUUUGAUCAAAAUUUACUUUAUUAAAUGCACACUUGUAUAUACUAGUGCAAAUAUGUUGAAAUUGUAUUUACAAUCGUUGUACAAUACAAUUUUGGCUUCAACAGAAUUUUUCUUCCAAUUUGGAAUUAGAAACAAAAUGAUUCAAAGUUGAAACUCAUGCAAUCAUCAAUUCAUGAAUUGGUAGGCCUAACACUUGUCAUGGUGUUUAUUAAUACACAAUUUUUUUUAAUUGAUAAUGGAAUGAAAUGUGUAUUGUAGUAAUGUGAAACAUCCUCCUCAAUUUACUUGCAAUAUUUGCACACUUGUUUACACCAUGCUAUUUUAUGUGUAUUUAACAGUAGAUAUUUUGUUCAAUUAAAGGGAUCAUAAACCCAGUUCAUGUCAUGUAUGAGAGUUUUAAGGUGAUAAUAAAUGUGAAUAAAGAUAUUAACCUGGUAAAUCUGUGGAAGAAAAUUUUGUGAACUUCCAAAAUCUGCACCAUUCAGAGGUUAUCCCUUAUAAAAUUAAGGUGAUAAUUUCUUGGAAUUGUUUGUGUGUGUGUAUUUUUUUUAAUUUACAGUAUGUAUUGUUUUAUUGAUGUGGAACAAACAAUACAUUAUAUACCUGUUAAUGGUUGAACCAGACUUUAUCAAAUUGUUGAUGUAAGCAUGCUUUUGUUUUUUUAAGCCAUUCAGUGAUAAUAUAUUGUUAUAAAUCCAUUCACACCCGUGAUUUUAUUUUCUGUUUGUUUCAGUUAUCUAUUUUUGCAAUGAUUAUAUCACUAUGAGUGCUGUUCCAAAUAAAAUCAAGUUAAAUUU